GGAACAAGAUUUUGGUCCCUUCUUCGUCGGCCAGUGUGUUAUUUUUCAGGUUGAGCUUUCCCAUUCUCAGUUUACUGAAACAACCUGCAAAACAUAAAAGUCGGGAAUUUAAGACUAAGAAUUUUUUUAGUUAUUGAUACACAAUUGGCUGGAGCGUAAAUUGAAAUGUAUCGAUUAUUACGAGUGCAAGAAAAAUGCUGCUUAUCGACCUGAAUUGGGUUUUUCUGGGAUAGAAUUUUCUUAUUGAGAGAUGACUGCAGAUACUGAAAAGAGUCCAACUUCCAAAAGUACGGUCUGCUUCAUCUGCAACGCCAGUAUCAAUGUCUCGACGCGCAACUCUUGUCAGAUCUUCCAUCAAACAGUAAACGCGUCAAACCGGCCGCUGUCCGAAAUAAUUGGCAACGUUCUUGGCGUCGAACUGCAAGAGGAGCUCAUUCACUCGUCAAUUGUCUGCAAAAAGUGCUUCAAGUCGUGCAAUGAAGUCGAUGAACUGCAGGAGCGCUUGACCGAACUGAAAAUCGAGAUCAAUGGAAAUUAUCAUCGAACAAUCAAAAAAUUCGACAUCGACGAAGUUGAUGACAAGCAAACUGUGCCUGAAGAAGAGACCAAUGCGGCGCCACCUAGCGAAGAAGACAAGACCGCAGCUCCGACUCCGAGCACUGCCAGCCCAGUGCAGGCCACCAAGAAGAUAAUUGUCGCCAAGAAACAGCUGUCUCAGACCAUCAAGGAGGCAAUGAGUCCCGCACCUCAGCCCCUCACUCCCCUUCAACCCCUGCAGCCCCUUCUGCCUCCGCCGCCUCUCACUCUCAUUCCACGGGCCGAUCCGAUUGAUGACGAGGAGAACGGCAGUGGCAACCGACAGAGUGAUUCGGACGAUGAUAACCUUGGCAUUGAUUGCGGCGACGAUGAUGACGAAGAUUAUGAAGGCAGCGACUCGAAUCAGGGCGGCAAGGAUUCCACGAAAAUGAUCAAAAUAGAGCCAAUCGACAGCGACUUCUCGGACAAAUCGGGCAACAAAGGCAAGAAGAGCAAACGCAAAACUCGCGAUGAACUUCCCGCUAUGAUUCCUCAAAUGGUUGUGAGCCGAGAAGGCCAGGUCUACACGUGCCUGCUGUGCUCGGCCGACGACAAGGUGACAGGCGACGCGAAGGCGAUAAUCGCACACAUGCGCGACACACACGCGCUGCGACUGUACGUGUGCGACAUCUGCGGCCAGGAGUACCUGAAGCGCAAUGAUCUGAUGGCGCAUCUCAACGAACAUGUGAACAGCGAGGAGGGUGACUUCCAGUGCGAGAUCUGCAACCGCAUCUUCAGCAAUCUGCGUCUGUUCCGCGUGCACCGGCGCAUGCAUCUGCCGCAGUCCAAAAACUGGACGUGCGAUCAGUGCGGCAAACGAUAUCUGUCGCGUAACAUGCUGGAAGAACACAUGAACUCGCACACAGGCGCACGACCCUACCAGUGCAGCGUCUGCGGCAAGGACUUUGCGUCCAAGUACACGUUCCGGUCGCACGAGAAGACGCACACUGAGCGGCCACGACCGUUUGCCUGCUCGCAGCCGCACUGCACCAAGUCGUUCCUCACUCAGCAGAACCUGUUGCAGCACGAGCGCACCCACUCCGGCGUCAAGAACUACUCUUGCGAGGAGUGCGGUAAAUGUUUUGGAACAGCGAGGAAUUUGGAAGUGCACUGCCUGGUGCAUACUGGCUUCAAGCCGUUCAUUUGCAGACUGUGCGGAAAAGCGUUCGCCAGAAAAGCGGAAAUCAGGGAUCACGAGCGAACACACACCGGGGAAAAGCCCUAUCAGUGCGAAUUUUGUGGCGCUACUUUCAGCCAACGCAGCAACCUGCAGUCGCACAAACGCGCGACUCACUACGACGACAAGCGCUACAAAUGCAUGGACUGCGGCAAAGGCUUCAAGCGACGUCGGCUGCUCGACUACCACGUGAAGGCAGCGCACACGGGCGAACGGCCCUACAAGUGCACCACAUGCUCGGCCACAUUCAUUUACCCCGAGCACUUCAAGAAGCAUCGGCGCAUCCAUACCGGCGAGAAGCCCUAUCAGUGCGAGGUAUGUGGUAAGGCGUUCAACAGUCGCGACAAUCGGAAUGCCCAUCGGUUUGUCCACAGCGAUAAGAAGCCUUACGAGUGCUUGGUCUGCGGCAUGGGUUUCAUGCGAAAACCUCUACUCUACGCUCACAUGCAAACUCAGGGUCAUUUGAAUGACACGAUUGUGGUGAACCAGCCCCGACUGACAACUGACGACGACAUGAUAACGGUGCAGGACACGCCCAUGCAAGAGAUGACACUGGUCACUGACAGCGAAGGCAACACCAAACUGAUUCCGGCCGACCAAGUGGUCAGUCUCGGCCCAAUGAUCAAAUCUGAGUUGGACGCUGGAACCGGAGACACAAAAAUGUACAUAGCCGAACUGAAAGAACACGUCAUAAUUCAGAGGAAAGAUACGAUGGACAAGUCUGUUGUCGGCGAGGAAAUCACUGAAGGAACCGAAUAUGAAGAAGCCGUCGAACAUUUGAUAAUUGAUGGACAGGUGCACUUUUCAAACCCGAGCGGCAUGGAGUCGCUGGAGGCUGGAGGCGGCACGGGGGUGGUGGCAGGUGCCGAGAUUGCCACCACACUGGACGACCAGCACACCACUCUGGUGGUGCCGGCCGGGCGACACCACGCCGGCGAAUUCGGCGAGCACCAAACCACCAUGGUGCAGACCGAGGACGGACCCGUGCAUCUGGUGCACAUCCGACUGCCGGCUGGUGAGUCGGCCGACAAUGCCCAAUGGUACAACAUCGUGCAGCAAUAGUCCAUCGCCCCCGGUCUGCCCAACGACAGUGCCGACAAUGUUGACAAUAAGAUUCAAGGAUAUUUGGAGAAUCUGAGCGGUGUGAUAGUUGGUGACAGUAACCAAAGAUAUUUGGAAAUCGCCGAUAGUGAUAUGGUCGCUGUUUUGCCUGAUAAGAAACGCAGAUACUUGGAGUUCACGGACGGUGAUAUAGCUGACGUUCUGCCCAAAAAGAGAGAUAAUAUAUAUUAGAAGGAAGUUGGUUGUAGUGUGGUUCGUAUUUUUCUAUUUGAUGUGAUAGCUUGUACAGACUCUUCUCUGAUACCUGAUUAUAAUUACAGUCUUAUGACUAAGAAUUUGUCAUAUUUCUAUUGUCACUCUCAUGUGAAUAAAAAUUUGAUGAGUAUAAUUUCGUCAUACUCGUUCAACAUGGACUGCUUUCCAAGCAAGAAUCGAGUUCUUGAAAUAAAAUCUUCGAAAUAAAUAGAUAAUGUCUAUGAGCUCACUACUGAAUGUCUUGUUGGUUUUUGUUGAAUUGCUACUAAUUACUGUACUUUCGUAGGAUAUAGGCUUGAAAGUUAAUUAAUUCAUUUCCACAACAAAUCUACCGUUUACAAGAAAGUUCUAUUGUUUUUCAAGAAAAAUUUGAGUGCAAAAAAUUUGACUGAUUAUCACUUAGUGACUGAAGUGUACAGCCACAGUGUAGCUAUCAGAAUCACAUUAUAUUAUAAAAUACAUAUAACAACGAUAUUUAUAACUUUGUAAUGAAGUUUUCAGAUAUUAUAUGCUAUAAUGCUUUAUAAGUUUUGAUGCUUUCUGAUAUUAGUUUCAGCAUAUUUAUUUUCGUUUUAUUAAACAUCUCAAUACUUUUUAAUGUCUUUUAGUCUCAUAUUGGUUACAUAUCUUCCACCUUUCUCAAUUGAUUGAAAGUUACAUAUACUACAUGCAGAACCUGAGUUUUCCUAUCAUUUUGUCGCGAAAAUCUCAAUUUCUCUCGCUACAAAAAAUAUAUAUAAUUGAUUGUUGAAAGUGUACAUUGCGAUUGUGAAAUGAAAUAGGAGAAUGUUUCAUCUCAUCAAGAUUUUUCCAAACUACGACUAAAUUUUAUACUUUUCGCUAUACAAGUAUAAUUGAUAUGCUCUGGGGUAGCUGUUUCCUUUUUAGUAAUGAUUGUAUAGUAAUUAAAAUAGAUAUUACUCAUCACAUGUAUAUAUUUUCAUAUUUUUAAAAUUCUACUGAAAGUGAUAAACCUUAGUCUUUGAAAUAUUGAUAGCCGAUAAAAUCCGAAAAUAUUCAAAUAUUAUUAAAAAUUCAUUUCUAUCUUAGAAUAGUAACGUAUAAGUAGCCUAAGGAUCGGUGUAAUAUAUGUAAAAUUUUAGAUAUAGUAAUUUUGAAAUGAAAUAGUUUCAUUGUAUGGUUGUUUCUAUGUAUAUCAGAAUUCAGCUAUAUUACAUUUUUAGUUUAACAAAUUUAUGCUAUGAAUGUGUGUUGUGUUGUUUAUAAUUUAGGAUUGAAUUCCUACUGAUUUUUUUCAGUCAUUAGAGUGAUGUAUGUAAAUAGCAAUGCUUCAAUUUUAUAUUGUUGUCCUAGCCUCAUGAAACAACUUUAUCUAUAGAUGUUGUAUUAUCUAUAAACUCAAUGAAGAUUUCUGAUCCUAUUUUUGUAAUAGGAUUAAAUUCUCAGAAAUUUUACUAAUUUCAUUUAUGUUCAAUGAUUUUGAUAAUUAUUAUUCUAUUUAUUGUGAAAAUUUAAUUUAUUUGCAACACAGGGUUUCAUCUUGUUCAAUUCAACUUAGUAUCAUCUAUUGCAGAAUUUCAUCUAUACAGAAAUUCAGUUCUGUAUUAUAGUUUGUUCAAUCAGAACCUUUUAAUAAGUCGAUUUCUAAAGAUGGGCUUCUUUUUUCAUUAAUUUUUGACUACCAAUAUUAAUAUAAACCUUGAACUGACAGCUUUCAAAUAUUAUUUAACCUUGAACAAGUACAUCUAUUUAAAAAGUCAAGUAGAUGAAAUAAGAAAGAAAAUUAACUCUUAACUGUAAUAAUUUAACCCAUUCCAUAGCUACAUCUGAAGCGUAACGUUACAUAAUUUUUUGUAGCGUUGCACUUCAGACGUCUGUGAACAUAGCAUAUAGACCUUUUGACACCUUUACUUGAAAUUCUACAAAUACAAGGAAUGUUUAAUUAAUUCAUCUAUUUAUUAGUAAGAUUUAGUGAAAACGUUUAACUAUAUUUACAGAUAAUAUUGUAGUAUGAUUGACCCAUUUUUGUUCAAAUUGUUCUAUAGCGAACUAAUUCAUGUUGUAAAGUCAGCAUAAUAUGAUUAACAUUGAUUCGCAAUCCUUGUCUGUCAUUAGACAAAGCAUAUUAUACAGUAUCUGUAUCCUCUAAUACCUCCGCACUAUUGCCAAAUCUUUUGUUGAUUAUCUAGUCCUAUGAUCGAUCUACACUGACUUUAUAACAUGAAUAACACUAUAGAUAAUGUUAAUUAUUCCUCAAAUCAGACUCAUUUGAUACGCGUACAGAAUUCUGCAAUAGAUGUUCCAAUCACGGUAUUUAGAUGAAAAUUCUUCUUCUAUAUACCGUGGCUCCAAUGACAUUUUUCAUUCUUAUGAUUGAUAAUAUCAUAAAAUAAUUUUAUUACGAAAAAGAGAAUACCGUAUUUAUAUAAUGCAAAGACAGGAAAUGAAUGAAUGUAUUUUCCCAUAUUAUUUUCUAGAAGAAAUUGUGAAGUGUGAAAAAUUUAUUUUCAACUCAAUGGAUUAUCAUUUUUCUUCUGUAAGAGCUUCUCUUUUUCAAUGUGAGAUAAGAUUUGUAUUUCAAAUUAAAACUUAGAAUUUACUUCGAUGUAUUUAAAAAUGAUAAUAUAUGUCUGUGACGUUUGGAUAAUGUUGAUUGUGUUUGAGAUGAAGAUAAAAUAAAAAUAUUUAUUUAUAUUA